AGGGCAUAAUACAGGGAUAGGGUGGCAUCAAUUAAAAAGCAGCAGGUGCAACAGAGCAACAUGAGUUUGAAAAAAAAGUCAAACGGCAACUCUGUCGAGUUGAAAGAAGGGAUUGAGAACACUGGUUUCCAAGAAGAGUCGGACAAUGAGAGUGUUGCCUCCAGUAAGAAGAGAGGGUCGGAAGGGUCGGUGUGCAUGCACAAGAAGGAGAACGAAUACACUCAGAUCAAACCGUAUGCCGGUAUGCCCAAAGAGGUCUUGCUCUUAUAUUCAAGGCAAGCUCGCUAUAGGGUACCUCGAGAAAUCCUCUUUUGGCUGACCAUUGCGUGCACUUUAGCGCUACUGGCUCUGACCAUCACGGUUAUUGCGUUGUCACCGAAAUGCCUCAGCUGGUGGCAGUCCUCGCCGGUCUAUCAAAUCUAUCCGCGCUCCUUCAAGGACUCAGAUGGUGAUGGAGUUGGAGACCUAAAAGGUAUCAUUGAGAAACUGGAUCAUUUUGCAUAUCUCAAUAUCAAAGCUAUCUGGAUCAGUCCUUUCUACAAGUCUCCUAUGAGGGACUUUGGCUAUGAUGUGGAGGACUUCAGAGAUGUUGACCCUAUCUUUGGAACCAUGGAGGACUUUGAUAAUCUCUUGGCAGCCAUGCAUAACAAAGGACUGAAACUGAUCAUGGAUUACAUCCCCAACCACACUAGUGAUAAGCAUGUCUGGUUCCAACUCAGUCGCAACAACACCGAACGCUACAAAGACUUCUAUGUGUGGGUCAACUGCACUGAAGGCAACCCUCCUAACAACUGGGUCAGUGUUUUUGGGAACUCCUCCUGGGAGUAUGAUCCAGUGAGGGGUCAGUGUUACCUGCACCAGUUUCUCAAGGAACAGCCAGACCUGAAUUUUCGCAACCCUGAGGUCAUCAAGGAGAUGAAGGGCAUCAUCCAUUUCUGGCUGAAAAAGGGAGUGGACGGCUUCCGGAUGGAUGCCGUGAAGCAUAUGCUGGAAGCCACACACUUGAGAGAUGAACCCCAGGUUGACCCCGACCAAGAUCCUGCGACUGUGAACAAGGAGUUUGAUCUGUACCACGACUACACCUACACACAAGUGGGCCUGCAUGACAUUCUCAGAGACUGGAGAGUAGAGAUUGACACCUACAGUACAGAACCAGGUCGUGAGAGGUUCAUGGUGGCAGAGAGCUACGACUAUGCUGAAAUCGAAAAGACCAUGAUGUACUAUGGGACACGAUUUGCCAAAGAGGCUGAUUUUCCUUUUAACUUCUACCUGCUGUACCUGCCAGAAAUGCUGAAUGCUUACAGGGCAUAUCAGCUGGUUGAUUUCUGGAUGUCUAAUAUGCCAAAGGGGAGAUGGCCAAACUGGGUGGUGGGGAACCAUGAUAAGCCCCGAAUCACCUCAAGUGCUGGCCCUCAGUAUGUUCGGGCCAUAAACAUGCUGUUGCUAACGCUGCCUGGUACACCAACCACGUAUUAUGGGGAGGAGAUUGGCAUGGAGAAUGUCAAUGUGACCGUUAUACAAGACCCAUUUGGAAAGUUUGAUCCAAAUGCCAGUCGAGAUCCUUCGAGGUCACCCAUGCAGUGGAAUAGUGGGCUCAAUGCUGGCUUCAGUGAUAGUAAAAAUGGCACCUGGCUACCCAUACACCCAAACUAUGAAACAACAGUCAAUGUAGAGGUUCAAAUGGGAGAUCCUUACUCAGUGCUGGAGCAGUAUCGAACCCUGAGCAUACUCAGGGAGAAAGAGUUAGCUCUCCAUCGCGGCUGGCUAUGCUACGUCUGGAAAGACUUAAACGUCUUUGCCUAUCUACGCGAACUGGACGGACUGGACCGAGCCUUCUUAAUACUAGUGAACUUUGGCCAGGACACGGAUCUGGACCUGUCGUCUGUGAAGGAACUGCCGGACACGCUCACUGUGCGUUUGAGCACGCAUCCGAUAGAGCAGAAGAGCUUCCCGAAAAAUGCGAUACGCACGACGACAGGGCAAGGCUUGCUUCUGCAGUACUCGUCCAACCAGCGUUUCCAUAGUAAUCAUGCCUCUGAAUGUUAUGUGGCUGAGAAGGCCUGCUACCUGAGCACCCUUGGUAUCCUCUACAAGUGCUAA